GCUGAAACAAGUUUGUUGAGUAAAUGAGUACAAAAAAAACAAUAUUACCCAUAUGUGAACAUUUGAAAUACUUAAUUACCUUACUAAGUCAAAUCCCUCACUUUUUAAGGAUGACAGAAAGCAAAUGAUGUUAACUAAACAAACAAAAAAAAUAUAUCAUAAAAUUUUGACUUUAGUCAACCAACUCCACCUAACAAUAAUCCAACGGCUAAGAUUUAAUCUGAUCGAUUCCACCCACCUUUCACCAUCCCCACAAUGGCAUAUAAACAUCCUCUCCGGGAGCUACAGAGCAGCUCCUCCGAUCCACCGCCGGAACUUAGUUUCUACAUUUGAAUCAUAUAUCUUCUUGGAAUCACUCUUUUUAAUUUGCUAUGAAAUCCCAAUCUCAAAGAAUCGGAGCCCUAAUUAGUCUCUAGUUCGUCUCUUUGUCUUUGAUUUCAUUAACCACCGUCCGCCGCCGUGUGUUGCUGCUAGUUUUCGAUUUCUCUCUGUUCAUGAGUUGGUGGAAAGAAAUUAAGAAAGUAAUGAUUGAACCUCUCUUGAGUAUUCCAUUGUAAAACGAUAUCCACAUACCAUACCUACCCUAUCCUUCUGACAAGUCAACAACAAUAUUCGUAAAUUUUUAUCUAUCUGAUUCCCCUAUUCAAUUACAUAUCAAUCCACCAUCAAUUCGUUAGCCCAGACAAAAUCCGGCAUGGAUUCACCUUCCCCACCAACGACAGAACCAAAGACGAAGUCUUUGGAUAUGCCGCUACAUGCAAUCGGCUUUGAGAUCGAUGAGUUAUCGGCACAAAAAGUCACCGGUCGUCUUCAGGUCACCGAGAAGUCAUGUCAGCCGUUCAAGGUGUUACACGGCGGAGUAUCGGCGUUAAUAGCAGAGGCGCUCGCGAGUAUGGGUGCACACAUGGCGUCGGGAUGGAAGAGAGUCGCCGGAGUACAGCUCAGCAUCAACCACCUCAAACGAGCUGACAUCGGCGAUCUCGUGUUUGCUGAAGCCACACCUCUUCACGUCGGGAACACGAUUCAGGUAUGGGAGGUGAGGCUAUGGAAGAUUGAUCCUAAUAACUCAGAAAGUAGAUUGCUUAUAUCGUCAUCAAGAGUUACUCUUCUCACAAACUUGCCUGUGCCUGAUAAUGCCAAGAAUGCUGCUCAAAAUUUAAAGAAGUAUGCAAAGUUAUGAAUAUGAACCCUAAAUUUAUUCCAUCAUACAAUAAAUUACAUUUUGUAGAAAUGUGAUAGUGUUUGUUAAAAUAAUAAAUCCAAUUUUAUGUUUGUUACACAUGCAACCAAGAAAUGUUAAAUUGUCUCAUUGAGAUCAAUUUUAGUAUUGGUUUUGGUACACCUGAUCUUACAGUCACAAUAUAACGAUGUAAUGCAUCUCAAAUACACUACAAUCAUUUAACAGGACAUGUUAUGUCAUUAGUAAAGUUAUUUGUCAUGAUAAGCA